AUGGAGACUAAUCUCAUGCCUCUGAAAAGCAUUAGUCCCCCAUGGAUGGGCACCAGAUGCACUAACUGGGUGUUAAAUAUCUUCCUGGUCUUUAUUUGUGGAAUGGGGCUCUUCUUCCUGUUCAUACUCUUUUGGCAGAGUGAUCCAUCCUCACCACGGCCUGGGCAGAAAAGAAGCAUCAGGAAGCAUCCAGUGGGGAUGAUGGGAAGACCCAAGAGCAAGAACAACAGUAGUGCUCUAAAAGCUUGCAGAGAUUGCCUGAGGGAACUGGAGGGGGCUCGGGACCUGACUUUGCUUCUGCAGAGCCACCUGGGGAAGCUCUCAUGUCCAGUCCCCCCGGGGGAGGAGUGCCAACCAGUGCCUGCCAGAGCCCACCAGCCACGUGGGGAGCGUGUGGAAGAUGCUUCUCCUGCCACCUCGUCCCCAUUGGCUUCCCCGACUCCCCUGACCAAGCACCCUCCGCCUGUGGCUUCCACCUUGUCAGUACAACCUCAAGGAGACCAAUCUGACUUGAAGAGAGUCCCCCCAGGCACCAUCCCAGAGAGCUCACCUACAGGUUACUCUUGUUAUGUGCCUCCCGUGUGGGCCAUCUCAGGCCUUGAAUGCAUCAUUUUGUUCCUUUCCCGGUGGUGGGCGGUGGCCAAGGGCCUGUUCUCCCCCACCUUGCCACACUGCAAAUCCCAGCAAGAGCCUCUUCUCCACCAUCCACCAGAGGCUUGGUUCUGGGGAAACCCCACAUACAGGCAGAUGGAGGCUGGUGGCCCCACUUUCCUCAACCCUGAUGGCUGGAAGCUCCUGGAAAUAUUCAUCACCAAGCGAGCAGCAUUGAAGCUGGGGAAGGAGAAAGAAAAGGAAGGGUCAUUUCUGAAACAAAUUAGCCCAGAUUACCCUUGGGGUUCUCUGGGGAAUAUGAUAAAGUCACUGGGCGAGGAGCAAGACACCACAACCCCACGCCCCUUCUGGAACAUGCAAGAAAAACCAGAGCAGCUGUCCGGUCCUCAGGGCGAAUUCCCAGGGAGCGGUCCGUGUGGGGCAGAAGACAAGCAUGGGGCCUCCCUACCCUCCCAGCCUCCUGAGUCUGCAGGUGAAAGCAGCAAGGAUGAACAGAAGAUGGGGUCCAGGCACUCUGGAAGAUUCUCUUGGAACGGCUCCCUAGGUGUCAGAGAAGACAAGAAUCCAAGUGGACAUCUAGGGCAAGAUCUGGAGAGGGUCCCAGAAGAUCCAUGCACGGGUUCCAGCAAUACCUCCGUGAAGCUUCUGGAGGAGAAGGAGGAGGAAGAUGGUGACUUGACUGGGCCCCAGGGGUAUAAAUCAGGAAAUUACUUACCAAGGGGCCCAGAGAAGCAGCAGCUUGAAAAAACUCUGAAAUCUCACUUGGAGCGGAAGCCUGGGGAGAUCGGCGAGGGCAUGGUCCCUGUGCGUGCGCGGCAGUCCUGGCUUACUGCCAGCCGUGCCGUUGCCGAGUCUGACACCCGCACAAAACCCAGAAACCUGGCACCCCAGAGGGGUCAGAAAUGCUAUGUGGGCGCCUCCCGGGGGCUUUCCUUCCUCCAUCCCUGUACUCAACAGAUGCUAGAAGUACACAUUAUACGGUUUCGGGUGAGGCACAGGUGGCGUUCAAACCUCCAGUCCCUGGAGCCCAUAAAUCUCAAGGCUCAACCCCCACCCCUUGCACUCUCCACCCUUCUCUCCGUGGACAUCCGUGAAUUUGAGGACAACUCCAUAGUCAAGGCUGCCAAUUUCCUGGGAGAAACCUCCUUGGGAAGGUCCAAGAGAGAAGGUGUUAACAGGAAACUGCUUCUGUCAAGUUUGCCUGUGCUCUGCCGGCAGGCAGUUUGCCCAGGCACAGCGGAGCCAGGGGCAAAAGCAGGCCGGCGGGGCGAGUGGAUGCAGACCUGGUGCGAGGUGGGCAGCCUGAAGCCGCCUUCUCCCUGUGCGAUGGACUCCAGCUCCUGCUACCUCACACUGUGGCAGUGUCUGGCAGGCCCCGACCCCAACACCACGUGGGCCAACAAGGAGUGCCAGGCAGCCCUGGAGGUCCUGCAGGAGAGCUGGCUGUACGGCCGCCACUGCAGGUGGGGCAUGAAGAAGGAGCUGCAGUGCUUGCAGAUCUACCGGAGCACCAACCUGGGCUGGACUGAGG